UUUGAUCGCAUUUGUCAUCAAUACUUUGACAGAAGUGUUGUGUUUAUUUCAUUUUAUUUAAUUUGUAUUUUCAGUUUGAAUCCAUUCUGAAAUAAUUCCAUCUAUUCGAAAUGGCAAGUAACGAAAAUAGUCAAAUAAAGUUAAAUAUUCAACCAACUCGAGUAUUACAUUUUAGUGACGGAGUGGACGAAAUAGUGGAAGAAGAGGAAGUGAAUGAAUUAAAAAACGAACCCAAGGAAGCGAACGUAGAUCCUAAAACCCUUUCUUGGCUGCCUUGGCUUACGCAUUAUGCAAAUACAUCAGGCACUAAAGUGCUAAAUGCAAUUGAUUAUACCGGAGAGUCGCUUGCAAACUUCUUUGGCAUAACAACACCAAAAUAUCAGCUUGAAAUAGACGAGUAUGAAAGAUUAAAAGAAGAGAAAAAGAAAAUGGAAGACGAGUCAGCUGGUUGGGUACCAAAGAAUUCUGGUGGUGAUAUUCCUUUAGUGUUAAAUGAGCCAGGAAAAGAUGUAACAAGACAAGAAGCCUGAUAUGAAGCUGAAGUAUGCUGCAUGGUUUUAAUGAAGUAUAUUAAGAAAACCACAUCUAAAAUUAAGCCAAGUGAACCAAAUGUUUAAUUACAAGCACUGUAUGUACAAACAAUUCCUGAUUGUAUCAUCAACUUCACACGCACCUUGCACUAAACAUAACACUGUUAUAUUUAAUAUUAGGAUUAGAAGAAUAAUAUGUAAAUAUCAAAUUAACAUUUUAUGAAAUGAAGCCAUUCAUUUUUCAUUCAGUCUGAGUUGUUGGUAAAAUUUGGCAGUAUUGAUGCAAAACACAAAAGGUCCCUUAAUGUCUUUUGAAUAACUAGACGCAACAAAAGUCGUCGUGGCCUAACGGAUAAGAGAAGUCGUUGUGGCCUAACGGAUAAGACGUACGGUGCAUUCGUGUUGAACGAUAUGCACCGGUGUUCGAAUCCCGCAGGCGGGUACCAAUUUUUCUAAUGAAAUACGUACUUAACAAAUGUUCACGAUUGACUUCCACGAUGAAGGAAUAACAUUGUGUAAUAAAAAUCAAACCCGCAAAAUUAUAAUUUGCGUAAAUACUGGUGGUAGGACCUCUGAUGAGUCCGCACGGGUAGGUACCACCUUCCUGCCUAUUUCAGCCGUGAAGCAGUAAUGCGUUUCGGUUUGAUGGGUGGGGCAGCCGUUGUAACUAUACUGAGACCUUAGAACUUAUAUCUCAAGGUGGGUGGCGCAUUUACGUUGUAGAUGUCUAUGGGCUCCAGUAACCACUUAACACCAGGUGGGCUGUGAGCUCGUCCACUCAUCUAAGCAAUAAAAAAUAAAAAAUAAAAAUGAGAAUGCAUAUUUAUUGUUCAAUAAAGAUUAGAGAGAAAUGUUUAAUCAAGGCAAAUUACUUAUUAGAAAUGGAAAAUUUAUUAAAUUAAAAAAAUAAUGGUACCAAAUAUAUAGAAAUGGUUUGACCCGACUUCCGUUUAUGCAAUGAUUUGCUUUAAGAAACAGCUAAACGAUUAAAAAUUAAUUAUAAAAUAAUUAUAAAAUUAAUUAUAUUUAAAUGUUGACUUUUCUUUUAUAUAGAUCGUUAUUUUAUUUAACAAAUAAUUAAUCUAUAGUUUUGUUACAUUAAGUAGAAUAGUAAGAAACAAAUUUAAUUUAACAAUAUGUAUAUAAUUUGAGAUUUCAUUUUUUGUGAAAAUUUUCAAUCAUAUUCGAGUAGUUAUUAACUCAUAGGCUACAAAAGGUAAAAAUCUGUUACAAAUACUGUGUAUGUGCUGGACACCAGAAUAUCUAGUGUUAUAUAGAAAAUACGCUGUAGAAUACGUUCGUUUAAUGACAUCUGUUGGUGAGUAGAUAAAUGUUAAGAUUAAAAAAUCACAUGUUUUCUUGUUUGCCUGGUAGAUGGCAGUACUAAACAGUGUUAAAGGCAAUAAAAAUUCAAACGUUGCUUUAUAAAUAUAUAAAAUAUCAUAAAUUGAGUUUUAAACGAUUAUAAAAUAAAGAAGUGAAUUUUCGUAAUCGUAA